AUGCAACCAAGGACGAGCUCGCUGUUGCCGGUGGCAAGCACCUGGUCUCCCUCAGCUGCGACUCUACGCGAGGACACGGAGUGGGUCGCCCCCGUAGUUCACCACCGGUCAAGGCUGCGGAGGGCCGCCACAACCACCACCUCUCAGCCCAGUCCCAACCAGACGCAGAAUCACUUACCACCAGUCCGCUUCGUCUGCGACGUUCCCGAGAACCCACUCUACGCCGCCAUUGCCCACGAAACAGUGCUCGAGCAGCCCCGGUCUCCCGACGGGAUGGCGCACGAGGUCGCGCAUUCCGCGCUUGACUUUACGCACCGCAGGAUCGAGUCUGCAGCCCGCCCUCACUCGUCGGCCCUCACGCCCAUGUUCGCGUCUUCGUCCCCAUGCGCAAAUCCGUUCCCUCGACCGCCGAAACCCCCUCCGACCGAUUCCCUCCCAGUCUCCGUUUAUUUUCCGCACACAGCGCAGCCAUCGAAUCAGAUAAUGUGCCUGUCUGUCGAAUUAACUGCGACAGUCGAAGACGUGAUCUCGGCUGCGCUCUGGACGUACUGCAGGAAGCGUUGGCUUCCGAAGCUCGAUCCCGGCAAGGACCAAGACGUCGAUGUUGGGUCCUGGAUUGUAUUGGUGCCGGGGAAAGACGGCGCAGUGAACAAGAGGAUCGCCAAAGGUGUGUGCGUGGGACUGGCCAACAAAAUCUGCAAGUUUCGUUUUGCAGCCUAUGCAAUCGUGCGAGCGCCAAGAGACUAUGCGGAUAAAAAAGAAAUUGAACUUCAAUUGGCUCGAUUCCGAGCAGUAAUGCCUGCAUCAGAUAGGCGCAGUCCCGUCCCUCCAUUUAGUCGCCCUCCUGUGACGACACAGGUCAUGGAUCACCCUCUAUCAUAUCGGAAGCUUCCCUGUGAGAACAGAACGACCAGGCCUGGACCUUCACCUGUACAGAAUAUUAAUCAAUCAUUCCAUUUCCUCGAUCUCUCUGUACAAUACUAAUGCCUACACGUGAUAGAAUACAGCCAGC